CAGCUUUAGAGAGAGCCCACUAUGGCCCUGGCGGUGGCCCUCCAGCUGCUGACCCUCUGGGCUCUGGGUCACGCAGACCUCACUCCGUCUGUUCCCCCAGCCUCCUACCCCAAGCCAUGGCUGGGGGCUCAGCCAGCGGCAGUCGUGACCCCGGGGGUCAACGUGACCUUGAGGUGCCGCGCACCCCAGCCCGCCUGGAGGUUUGCACUCUUCAGGGCGGGAGAGAGCGUGCCCCUGCUCCUCGGGGACGUGUCCACGGAGCUGGCCGAGUUCUUUCUGGAGGCAGUGACUCCCGCCCAGGGGGGCAGUUACCACUGCUCCUACCGCAGGCUAGACUGGGGACCGGGCAUCUGGUCCCAACCCAGCGACGUCCUGGAGCUGCUGGUGACAGAUCUACUGCCGCGGCCGUCGCUGGUGGCGCUGCCCGGGCCGGUGGUGGCGCCCGGUGCCAACGUGAGCCUGCGCUGCGCGGGCCGCCUGCCGGGCAUGAGCUUCGCGCUGUACCGCGUGGGCCUGGCGGCGCCGCUGCAGUACCGCGACUCGGCGCAGCGCUGGGCCGACUUCCCGCUGCUCGGCGCCCGGGCGCCCGGCACCUACAGCUGCUACUACCACACGCCCUCCGCCCCCUACGUGCUGUCGCCGCGCAGCGAGCCGCUGGUCGUCAGCUCUGACGACUCCAGCUCCUUAGACUACACCCAGGGGAACCUCAUCCGCCUGGGGCUGGCGGGCUUGGUCCUCGCGUCCCUGGGUGGGCUGGUCGUUUUGGACUGUUGCAGCAGGAGCCGUGCGCUCGACCAGGCCUUGCCCUAGGGGGUCUGGAGGUAGACACCUGUGAUGUCAGAAGAAUUCCUGCAGAGCAGCGCAGACACUGGGAUCCCUGGGGCCGGACAGCCCCUACUGGAGCCCCCCAGCCCCCCAGGCUCAGCCCCACUUAGCCACCCUUCACCUUUGUGUCCUGCCACCUUCUUCAAACCUUGGUUUCUUUUAUUGUAAAAUGGGCACGUUGAUAAUAUCACACCACAGAUUAUCGUCCGAUUGAGUGAAUAAUUCCCCCCAAAAAGUGUUUAGAAACUGUGAGUAGCCUACAGUAAAUGCUCAAUAAAUGUUAGCUAUUGUAAUUUCUA